UCUGAUAAACCGCGUGGGGAGAGGCAGGAGAGGGCGGGGGAGGAGUAUGUGAUGUAACCUCUAACUCCGGCCAAGCUGCGCGGCAACCCCACGGUGCCUGCGGCUCGCGGUGGGGUUUUGGUGGCCGCCGCUGGGAGGCUGAAGAAGAAGGCAUGGAGCCCCACCACGGCUGUGGGAGACCUGGCAGGUGAUGUACUCACCUCCCUCGCGGAGAGGAAAGCUGAGCGCAGCCUGCCGCUCCUUGUGCCGGCUCUACUUGCGCCGCGCUCGGCUGGGGACCCUCCUGGAGAAAGGGAUGCUCGGAGCCAGCUGCUCUGAUGCGGAGAACUUCCAAGUGCCUUUGAAAACAUCUGCCUGCUAAAGGAAAGAAGGGAAGAGGAAGAUCAUCAUAAUAUAACUUGAGAUGGCAUCAACUUGGCAGAAAAUUCAGGAAUUCUACAAGUGGGUUCUUGAAAGUGGAGAUCCAAGGACAGACCCGUGGCCACUGGUGUACUCCCCAGUUCCUGUCACCCUGCUCUUCACCUCCUACCUCUUCAUGGUGGCGCUGGGACCCUCCUGCAUGCGGCAGCGGCGGCGGCUGGAGCUGCGGGCUCCGCUGUUCCUCUACAACCUGGCCAUGGUGGCAUUAUCCAGCUACAUGUUCUACGAGUUUCUGGUCACUUCUGUCUUGGCCAACUACAGCUACCUGUGCCAGCCAGUGGAUUACAGCCGGAGUGAGCUGGGAAUGAGGAUGGCAAGAGUGUGUUGGUGGUUCUUCUUCUCCAAAGUCAUCGAGCUGCUGGAUACGGUUUUCUUAAUCCUGCGUAAGAAACAAGAGCAGGUGACUUUUCUGCACGUGUACCAUCAUGGCUCUAUGAUCUUCAACUGGUGGUCAGGGGUCAAAUACGUGCCUGGAGGACAAGCCUUCUUUAGUGGGAUGCUGAACUCCUUUGUCCACAUCUUCAUGUAUGGCUACUAUGCCCUGGCCAGCCUGGGACCGCGGAUGCAGCGGCACCUGUGGUGGAAGCGUUACCUGACCAUCCUGCAGAUGUGCCAGUUUGUGGCCAUUGCUGCUCAUUCUUCCUACAACCUCUUCACAGAGUGCCCAUUCCCUGAUGGCUUCAACACCGCCGUCUUCCUCUACAUCCUCAGCCUCCUGGCUCUCUUCCUACGCUUCUACUAUCGGACCUACGUCAGGGGAAAGCGGGAGAAGCUGACUUAAAGGAAAUCAAGGAGGACAGAGAGCACAGUCUGACGAAUGUGCAUGCUCUCUGCUGCUUGUGACGUGGUUUCAGGGAGAAAAUGUAUCUGGGGAGUGCAUGUGAGGCUCACGUCUUGCUUUCAAAUAUCCCAGGUUAGGGAGAAGAAAGGAAUGAUGUGAACUCGGGGGUUAAGGAACUGAGGAGCACACUCAAGCUGAGGCCAAGCUAAGCCAAGUAGUAACUAGCAUAGCAGGCUUUGGGAAAUUUGCCAGCUUGAGGUCUUUUUCCCUUCCAUCUUUAACUCAGUGUCCAGGAUGUAGCAGCCAGCUACAACUCCCUGCCUCAUUUCUUAGGCUGUAGAAGGUUUCUUUGCAUCCACAAAACUGUCUCAGCUUGGUGUUGUAGAACAGGCAGGAUCCUGUGCCUCCAGCCUGGAAAUCAAUGUCCAGGUAGCAGCAGCAGCAGCUAGGAGUCCCCAGGGAUUGCAGGAUGCACUAGCUGUACACUGCAUCCCACCCUGUCAAGGAGGCUCCUACUCGGACUGAAGUGGUCCUGACGGUUUAACUUCACAUCAGUAUAAGCAACGAGGGAAUUGGACAUUAGGUUGUCCGGCUGGACAGGUGUCUUCACUGUCCUGAAGCUAAAGAAGGCAUCAUUAGCACUCUCAUCCUAGUAAGAAGCUAGUGCAGUAAGAGUCACCAGGUCCCAUUUUCUGGAAUGCUUAUUUCCCUUUGGUUGCUCUCAUACCAACAGAGGGUUUUAAUGCAUGAAGAUACUUGGUACUGCUCCUUAUAGAUGCCAUAAUUGAAAAAGAAAUAAUAUUCAUAACUUUUUUCCUCCAUUCUGUUAUUAUUUUUAAUAUUGUUAUUUUUGAAUUUUGCUUCUUGUCAAGCAUAAAGAGUUUAACAACAUCAUAAGCAACCACCUCCACUACCUAAUUGUAGAAGAAUGAAUACAAAAUGUAUAAAAUCAAUUCAUUGGGUAGUGCAAAGCUGCGUCGCUCCAUUGAUUUUAAGGCAUCACUAAUUGGCUUCUUUUUUUUAUUUUUUUUGCUCCUAAAUCAAUUACAACUAGAAUUUGGCACUUAUAUUAAUCUGCAGACUGUUAAAUACUGUUAAAGUUUUGAUGUGGUAGUGCUUUGAAAAUCCUAAUUAAACUACAAAGUGGUAAUUAUUGAUUGAAUCCCGCUCAGCUGAUUAAACCAGGUAUUACAGAGUAGUGGUAUUUUGUGAAAUACAAAGAUGUUGAAGGAGAGGGUGGAAGUAGUGACACAGUGCAUUGCCACUGCCAAGCCAAAUCCAUCUCAAAUAUAAAGAGCUCCAACUCCACUGGGAAUGUCCAGAGGACUAGAGCUACUUUGAAUCUAGUAAAUGAAUGUACCCCAAAAGAUCUGUGUGCCCUUCACCAAUCUGGAGUCGAGUGGCUACAAAAAAUUAAUUCAACUUGUUCCUCGCUUCUCUGUGUUCAUACCCCAAACCUUUCCUUCAGCCCCUCCACACACGUGUGGAAGAUAAAACAAUAUUCUGCCAUACCUCACCCUCCUCCCCUUCACACACAGCCACAAAGGACUUGUUCACACCGUCACAAAGACACAUCACAAACAUCCUUCCUUUGAUUUGAGCAGUCUCUCUUCUGAUUGUCACUGGUGAGUAUGAGAAUCACUGCAUCUGUGCUAGUCGGUUUUCUCCCUGUCAAAUAUUUUUCCAUGCUAAUUGAUAAAUAAAUAGUGACACUUAUGCAGACUGGAGUUCUACUUCUGUCAGAAUUUUAACUAGCAAAUCCCUGGGUGGGUCCUCCAUUCCUCCCUUUGUUUGGAAAGACAGGAAAACCUAACGUACUCAUGUUUCUCCUGGGGGGCUCUCCAGAGCUGAAGACUCAGUGCAAGUUAAGCUCUUUCAUUACUCCUGUCCACUUAAUGAUUCAUUUACAGCCCUCUCCUGCUUAAGCCAUCAGUGCAUUUGGCCCUCUAGUUUCAUGGUAGAGCAUUUCCUGCAGUUGGCUCACAAAGCAAUCCAAUGCUCUUUUUCCUGUACAUGAGCAGGUUUCAACCUCAAUAUCCUCUCACUUUAAUGUUUUCAGAAUGUAGUUACUAAGUUCAUUCAUCAUUUUAUACCAGAAUAAGCAUUAUGUAUUUUGAUUUUCCUUGAUUCUUGAUGGCUUAAAAAUUAGAAAUUAGCACAAAAUCUGAAUGAGAUUACUCAAUGCUUUUCCACUCUUAAAAUAUAUGAAUUUGUAAACACAACAUGUAGCUUUUUUUAAGGCAGCCUAUGAAGCUUAAUUUGUGUCUGUGUGUGACAGAGCAAUGGAUUCUGGAGUGUCACUGGCCACACAGGUGGUAAUAAAACAUGAAAGUACAAAUCUGUCACCUGACAGCUUGAAGUGACUGAUCACCUAAAUCAGACGCUACUGUCACCAUUUGUUCUAGACAUGAAACCUUUGAUUUAUUCCUGUCCCUCCUCCUCACAGCCUGAGUGAGUGGCCUGAUCUUGAAUGAGUGAGAGCUUUUUGUUGGUGUGACUUUGAUGGCAUAGGAUGAAAAUGAAGUCUUUUCAGCUGACUGAUAAGGAGGGAUUGAGUUUGCUCAGAAACACCACGCUUUCCAUACAGGAACAGACACUGGCAUGGAGCACAGCUGUUACAGAAGCAUUGGUGCAAGCAAAAUUCACUUGUGAGGGUAUUUGCACUGGCAGUGAAGAAAAAACUGCAGUGGUACAGCUGAGCGGCUCUGCAGCUUGCUCCUUCAGAUUGCACUUGCUUGUCUUCGUUCUCCUGUUUCAGAAUUGGGUUAUCCCAGGUGGAACUGUCCACUUGGGCCACUCUAUUGUGACAAAAGCACCUGAGAGCACAGCUAUGUGCUCCUGGAAUUUAACAGACAGUAAAGGCACCAAAUGGGAUUCCCUCUCAAAGAUCAAGUCCCUGGAAUUAAAGAUUACACCACAGCCAAGCACUGGAAGUCAAAAGGGAAGGGAAAUUAUAAAUUGCAAGCUUGGAUGGCUCAUGCUGUCUGGUAAAGUCCGAAGUUUUGAGGAUGAAUUGUAAAUAUCCUGUCACAGCUGGAUUUGUGAGAACCUUCUGGGUCAAAUGCUGGUUCUACCAAUAUCAGGGACGGAGGCUGCAGAUUCCUCUGGAAGGAGGCUGGCACAGCUCUGUGGAAAACAACACGCUGGGCUCCACAGCCGUGUUUGCUGGGAGCAGGCUGGAGUGUUAUUCAAUCUUAACAGAUGACUUUUGAGGGCACGGUGGUGUGUAAGUCCCCCCCUUAUAAACCGUGGAUCAUUAGACGCUCCUAGAGCAGUUUACAUGAACAAGAUGUAAAAGCACAGUGUAAGUGGGCUGCUGAAAUGAAUAAGCUUGCUAUCUGCUAGUGCUCAGCAUCUUUCCUGCUGUUCCAGUCAAUGUAAAUUAUGGAUGUUCUGAUCAAAUUACUUUUGAAUUAACCAGACCAUUUACUCAGUGCUUACUUUCUGUCUGAAGAUAAAUGAGAGGGAUUCUCAUUUUAAUCAAAACAAAAUACAGAAAAGAAAAUCAAUUACUAUUUAAUGUUUUUUCCAUCCCUGUGUGAUGGAAAGUUUCCAGAGGAACUUGGGCUUAAAAUUGUAAAGCAAUAUGAAAUGCAGGGACAUAGUUGGGUUUUAGCUAUUGGAUUUUUAUAUACUGUCAGAAAAUGUGGCUGUGUUGUUUGGGGUUUUUUAAGGCAAAAGAAUUACUCUAAACAAUUAAAAAAGCAAAAACAGAAUACAGUAGGUUGCUUCACCCAAAAAAUAAAAAAUCUGUUGAUACAGAUGUAAACCACCUAGAAGCCAAACAUUUAAAAAGAUCAGCCAGCCCUAUAUAUAGAACAGUGUGAAUGUGCUGAAUUCAUUAAUGAAUAGCCUCGUGGAUUAGGUCUUGGAUAGAUGGAGUGCUCGCAUCCAGAUGUUUGCUGUGAUUUGUCAAUGGCCUUGUACUUAAUCCUCCUGGACAGGAAAUAUGAGUCUUUUUCUGUAGGGUCUCCCCUGGGGGCUGUGGCAGUGCCUCUCUCUGGCCUGAAUCAUCUCAGCACGGGAUCAGGCUGCCGAGGAAUUAACCGAGCGGCGGAGGCACGGAUUUGCCUUUAACCCUUUUGGUUUCCUCUCAGCUUCAGAUGAUCGCCUCACCAUCUGCCAUACCCUCGCUGUGAUGUAGUCAACACAUGGAGAAGGAAAAAAAGGAGUCACUCGUGUCACCCUGGGGUCCCUGUACCCACAAAACGUGACGAGGGACACACAUGGAAUGCCAUCAGCACUGAGGAGGAGGAGGGCUGUGGGCAGCCUCGAGACCUUGGUGUGCAUCUCUUCCCCCCUCAGCAUCGCGUUUUUCUUUUUGUGAUGCUGCAGCUCCCUAUCAGUGACAGGGGUGGCCCAAGAGGUAGUAUUUGUGAGGAGAGUGGGUGUCCCCAAGGUGUCCUUGGUCAGGGUACCAGAGAGUGCAGUGUACAUGAGCGUGUUUGGGUGUGGGUAGGUGAAUGCAGUCCCUGCAGACCGUCCCCACAGCUCAUUUGUCAUCAUGUUGGACCUCUCCAUGGGAUGGGUCUUUCAUCUCACUGUGGGAUACUGAGGGACAGCUCCCAGCAGCCACACUGCUAUGGAAAGGCACAGUGGGAGCUGCAGUGAAUGCUAGGUUUUGUUGUGGAUGUGUUGGAGUGUAAAGGACUGAUUUCCUGUGCUCAGGGUAGAAAAUACUUCUGGCUAAAUCACAGGCACGUGGACAAAUAAAUUCUUUUUAGGGAGUGCCUGGUUAAAGCAUUAGUAGCACGUCUCAACGCUGUUUUUCCCUAGUCCGCAUGUUACCCUUUCUCUCCAGUACCUUGGCUUUCUGCUGCUUUUCAAGAGAGUGCUCAGGGUUUUUACACUGAGCUGAAAAAAUGAAGACUAUUAAAUAAAAGUCGUCCUUUAAAAUUCCCUGCUUGGAGUAGAUGUUCCUUCCCCUUUAACAUCAUCCUCCCACUUUCUCUUGUCCCUUUUCUCUGCUCUUCUUUUGUACCCGCACAUACAGACACUGUAAUGGAUUCUCAAACUUUUUAAAGCUGCAAAGAAAGUAGCUAGAAGUUACUCAAAUGCUGUGCAAGCAGCUGCAUUUGUCUGAACCAUCAAUUAAUAAGGUACAUUUUCUUCAUGGGGUUUCUGCGAGGCUUUCAUCCAAGUGAAUUUGGGCAACUCUUUCUUUUUCUUUGCACUUUAGCAUAAUCCCAUCUGCCUUCAAAUUCAGGAUGUGAACACUGCAACUUGAUACUUGGAAAGGCUAGAGACUUGAACUAGAACCUAAAUUCAGCAUGGUCCCUCCCAGGCAUUCCCUGCUGUCAAUGAAGGAAUGGCAGAAUGGAUACAACAAUCUGAGAGGCAGCAAGUUACUGCUGCUCUGUACACUUGAUCCUGCUCUCAGUGGUGCCUACCAUCACAGGUGUCUGAGGAUGCUUUCUCCUGAAAUAAAUGGCUAAUCCUGAGGCAACGUUUGGAGGGAGAAUCCCUUGCAUUACAGGAGCUGACAGAGUAGGGAAACCAGAACAGUUUUUGAGUGUGCAAGCCCUUCUCUGGUUGUAAUCCCUGAUAUGCAUUGGUAGCAGAUCAGCCACUCUUUGUUGGGGUGCACAGGUGUAUCUGUGGCGUGUCUGUGUUUAUCGUGGGUUUUGCUAGUCCCAAAGGCUCUUAUCCUACAUUUUGCGGGUUUAAUAUGUUAUUCCAUUAAAUAUCUGUAAAUCAAAGUGCUAUUAUUUUCAAAGAACUUAUCUUCUACAUAAUUUUGCUUCUAGAAAUUACUUGUGUGUGUAAAGUGGUUCUUCACUGGCAUGGUGGCAAAACAGGUUGGCAAUUCUGUGCUCGGAGAUAAAAUGCAAACCACCACUUACAGAAACCAUUUAAUUCAAUUAUGGUUUUCUAUUUUGGCACUGCUUUUAGUAUCUUUGGGCAUAUUUCAUUCACAGAAGUAAUGUUUUAAAUUAAGGCAAAGCCACUAGUCACAGUGAAUCAAGGUGAAGUGUUUGAUGGAGCUAUGAGUAGUAACAUAAGGAUUUAGGAAAAAAUUGUCAGUGUGAUGCCAGCUGGAAGGCAAAAUGGUCACACUCAAUUUUGUUAGAAAACCAGAAACUCCACAAGACUGGAAUGGUGUGUAUAUAUAACUACAGGUUCUAAUCCUACAGUAUGUAUAUACACAUUUAGUGUAUUUCCCUGCAGACCUUGAAUAGAAGGGAUGAGUUCAUGGCUUGAAUAUAGAAAGUAAGAUCUUAGCAUCGACUGUAUUACUGAACUGUCAUUGAAGUCACUGUAAAGCUGCUUGCUUCUCUCUAAUAAAAUGUGCAUCUACUGAAA